AUGGCAGAAAAUACUGCCAAUUUAUCAUUGCUAUCGGAUCUUACUCCUCCCUCCCUCGAACGAACCUGGCUCACCGCACCACAUCCCACCCUCCCCAUUGUUGCGACAUGUAGCUCCGACAAGACCGUGCGGGUCUAUUCGCUGACCAACUUCAAACUCUUGUCGACCAUAUCAGGUGGCCAUAAACGCAGCGUGCGGACAUGCGCCUGGAAACCGCAUAUCCAGGGCGAGAGUGUUCUUGCCACGGGCAGUUUUGAUGCGACCGUGGGUAUCUGGAGACGAUGGGAUAGCUACGGACGGGAAGAAGGCGGAGCUGGAGAAUGGGGACUCAGCGCUGCUGCAGACAAUGGAGCAUUGUCCCGGGAGAAUAGGGAAGAUAACGAGGAAGAGGAAGAGGAGGAGGAAUGGCGGUUUGCCGUGCUCCUAGACGGACACGACAGUGAAGUCAAGUCGGUUUCGUGGUCUCCUUCGGGCAUGUUGCUGGCGACAUGCUCUCGGGACAAGUCAAUUUGGAUUUGGGAGGAUUUGGACGAUGGUGACAACAAUUUCGAAACGGUGGCAGUUAUGCAGGAGCACGAGGGCGAUGUGAAAUGCGUCUCCUGGCAUCCGGUCGAGGAGUGCCUCGCCAGUGCCAGCUACGAUGACACCAUCCGUUUAUGGCGCGAGGAUAUCGAUGAUUGGGGCCAGGUUGCCUGCCUCAAGGGCCAUGAGGGCAGCAUCUGGUUCAUCGAUUGGGAAGGCGUUGAAAAUGUUCCCUCCUCCGCCGGAGACAACGACAUUACCUCAUGGAAAGAGCUGCACGCCCUCUCAGGCCCACGUUUGGCAUCCUGCUCCGAUGAUCGAACCGUACGUAUCUGGCGACGACAGCCCAAGGAGCAGCAACAGUCCACAUUCGGAACCACGCCAGGCAUGCCCAGCAUCAUCCGGCCGACCGGAACGGAUGAAAUUUGGGAACAAGAAGCGGUUCUUCCCCAAACACACGUCCUUUCCAUCUAUGCCGUGGCUUGGAGUAAACGAACGGGUCUACUGGCCUCUGUGGGCGCCGAUGGUCGAAUCGUGAUAUAUAAAGAGCGUUUCGUAGCGACUCCCGACGGAUCGCACCAGGCGAUGGACACAUAUCCUCAGUCUUCAUCGUCGCCCAGCAUUCGAACGGAGUGGGUUGUUAUUGCUACUAUGGAUGGCGCGCAUGGAAUAUACGAGAUCAACCACAUUUCGUGGGCGAAGCGCGCGGAUCGAGGACGGGAAGAAGGUAAAGAGGAGGAGGUUCUGGUCACUACAGCCGAUGAUGGAGGUAUUAAGGUUUGGACGUUUGAAAGGUAG